UCUACCGAAAUACAACUUUGUUUUAUUUUAUUGUUUUUGGUUUUUUUUUUUUCCUCCAUUCCCUUUUCCUUUCGAAACAGAACUAGGGCAUAAAAACAAAAUUAAGCUUUCCCUUUCCCUUUAGAAACACACCAGCGCCAUUUUCACUUCAAGCAAAAUUGUCCUCCCAUUCGCCUGUGUCAUAGAAGAACCAGUUUGUUGAGACGGUGAGCUCACUCUUUGAUUUUUUUAAUUUGUUCCGACGGUUCUCCUUCUGUUUGGUGGCUCAGAAAGCUCAGGAAACUUAUGCAAAGAUUUGGGAUGCAUUAAGAGUUGCAGCUGAAGCAGACCUAACAAGGAGACAGAUUGUCAGAAAUCAAAGAAAGAAUAUACAAAGAUACAUUUAUCUAUUUGAACCUCCAGGCUCCAUCUUAUCAUUAGCUAGCAUUGGAGGAGCAAGUGAUGGACUGAGCAGAAAAUUGAAGCACAAAAUUUGCGAUCGUAGAGUUACAAGUGCAAGUUGAUAAAAUUACACAUACACUCACAGAGAUAGAUAAAGAGAGAGAGAGAUAUAUAUAAAUAGAUAGAGAAGCAUUGGUGGUGGUUUGUCCCCCAUUAAUAUAGAUGGAUUCAGAUUACCAACGAAGGUUUUGGGACUCGGAGAUAUUGAGGGCAAAGGUUAAUUGUAGAUCGAACUUCUGGAAAGCCGUGUCGGAUAUUAAGUUCAAGCUGACUCCAGCCCAAAUAAAGAAGUUUGAGGAUAGCUGUUUUGGCCACUUUUUGAAGGCCAACGAGAUACAAUUUAGUGGCCACAUCAUCAACAGCAUGCUGUAUAGGCAGUGUGUUUGCGACGACAAGGAUUCUAUGGUAUUCAAUUUUGGAGGGCGUGGUGCUAGAUUUACACAGAGAGACUUCACCAUAAUUACAGGUCUACAGUUUGGUUACGAACCCAAUAGGCAAGUUAACAUCUCUACUCGUAUUAGUGACACGUAUUUUGGCGAAAAGCGAAAGAUCACUAACUCGGAGAUAACCGAAGCUUUCAUGACUGCACAGUGUCAAGACAAUGAUGAAGCCGAUGAUGAUAGAUUGAAGUUGGCUUUAUUAUAUUUCCUAGAGACGGUUCUUCUACGCAAAGAAAGCAUGGCCACCGCACCUCAUAAUCACUUGGAGAUGGUGGACGAUUUAGAGUACUUCAAUAACUAUCCAUGGGGUACUUUAUCGUAUACUACCACCAUUAAAUCGUUGAAGAGUGCUUUUGAGCAUAGAGAGUCCAUGGCUUUAAACAAGUCAAAGUGUUAUAGUUUUUGUGGGUUUCCUUUGGCUUUCAUGAUUUGGGGUUUUGAGACAAUUCCUUCGUUGGGUCAAGCAUUCGGAAAGAAGUUGCCGGACAUGGCAUUCCCUCGAAUUCUUAAUUGGCAUUUUUCACAAGUGCCAAGAUUUGAAAAGGCCACUGAACUCUUCGAUCAUCGUGAUUAUCCCGUUCAUGGCUUAAUGAAUGUGACUGAAGUUGAGCAUGCAUAUAUCGGCAACUUGGCAUGGGAUGUACGUCAUGACAGUACUCCAUACAAUGUUGCACCUACUGUUCGAGACAAGCCACCACAGGCAAGUCAUGAUGAAAAAGAUGGAGGUAUUCCACUUACAAGAAGUGGAAUAAGUAAGAAACGGAAAGAGGCGUCUGUGGAAAUUAUGGGAAAAGGAGGGAGGCGGCGAAUGGGACAUAAGCCGACAGACCAGCCUUCUUCAUCGACUGCAGGAGUUGCUGCUCAUGUUCAUGUUGAACCAUCGACUCCAUCCCAACCUCCAACGACUCCAUCCCAUGAUGAGGUACCUUUGAGAGAGAGAUUAACAAUCCUUGAAGGCGAAGUGACUAGUGUACGGCAAGACGUUAAGGAUUUAAGAAUCGCCAUUCUUAGAGAGUUUGCAAGUUUGGACACCAAGUUUGAUAAGUUAAUGAAGCACCAAGGAGUGGGAGUUAGUGUUGACGGGUUGGGAGAUGGGAUGGACGUUGAAGGGGAUGAAAAUAAAAAAGAGUAUGGUCCGAUGCGACCUCCGUUGAUAGACAAUCACAUCCAUAUGUUGUAGACGAUGCAGGACCAAGUGUUACGAUUAUCGAAAAAGUGUCUCCAUCAAAGUUUCCUGCCGGGAGACGUGCAAGAAAGGUAGCAGCUGCUAAGCAAAAUAUAGAUAUUGGGAAGGAGGGAUAGGAAGGCGGUAGCAGCUAUUACAAGUCCUUAUAGUGUCGGAGGCUUGCGGAAAAAACUACAGCGCACUUUACCAGGUGCAUCUUUUACUUGGACGUUCGACCCAUACAAACCAGUACCCACGCGACUUGUAAAAUAUUUUGACAAAUUUAUGAAGUCUGGUUGGGCAGCAAAGGUUGAUAUGGACAUUUUAACUGCGGGUAAAAACUUUUUCCAGUUGCUUAUAAACAGUGAGAAGUGGCUGAAUCACAAUCAUAUGGAAGUCCUGCCUUACCUAUUUCGUGUGCAUGCCAAUCAAUUUCCUGAUAUUUUUUAUCCUAGUUUUGAGGUGAUAGAUGGAGGAUUUUGGGUAUACAUUGAGCAAUGUCAUGGAAAGUUCCUCGACAAUCCAUCUAAGUUCCAAUUCUCAUACACAAUGCAAGAAUAUGUGUUGGGGAUUCGAAUGAAGGAGUCCAAGCCAUGGAAAUACGUAAAUCAUUUGUUGAUUCCACUAAACAAGCGCAACAUACAUUGGAUGGUAGGGCACGUGGACUUGAAAGAGCGUCGUAUGACCAUAUGAUUCAGAUAAGGCUGGUAACCGAAACAAGGGACAAAUUUAUUUCCAGAAAUUAUGCAUAAUGUUACCAUAUUUACUGCGGUCUACAUCCUUUUAUGAGCAGCGGUCGGAUCUUGUAGCCUCCGUUGAUGAGUUUACAUGUGAAUUGGCACAAAAUACCCCUCAGCAAAGUAACGGUGGUGACUGUGGCAUAUUUACACUUAAGACCAUCGAAUUUUUAUAUGCUAGAUUACCAAUGACAUUCACACAAGAUGACAUGGAGUUCUUUAGGAAGAAGUAUGCAUAUGAGGCUUACAACAAAGAACUAAGCAUAUGAGCUGCGUGGUGAUGCAUUUUUCUUUCCUUUUGCCAUGUUUAUAGAUGCAUAUUAUUUAUUAUAUUUGACUUUUAAUUGUAAAUAUAAUGGUGGUUUAUAAUGUUCAUUUAACAAAGAUAACAAUGUGGUAUUGAUGUAAGGAUAAGUAAUUGACCUUAUAGGAAAUGUGCCAUGUUUAUUUA